AUAGUUUCCAGACGCCAGCUGGAAGUGACUGCAGUCCCAAAAUAAACAAGUCACCAGGAUCGACCCCGGUGUUUUGUCUGAUCUGCUUACUAAAUACUGCUGCCCCACCACAGCAUCUCUCACUCUUCCAUCCCAUCAACAACCCCUCCUCAAACUGUCUGUACUCGGCUUCAACCUAAGACUGGGAUAUCUCCCCUCUGUCAACCGCCAACAUGGCCAAGGAAAGCGAUGUCCCAGUGCCUCCCAUCACCCCUCGCAAGCCCAAUGAGCAGCCCCAGCGUGCAGUGAAUAGUCACCACCCCGAGUUCGGCAAGCCGUCGCCCAUCGGCCCUCCCCAACACCGUCUCCCCCAACAGAACAACAACAACAACAACAACACGGGCAACCCAUUCAACAUCCCCAAAGCCAAUCGUCCUCGCGCAGAACACCACCGCCCUCACCCCCACCAGCAGCCACGACCCCAGAACUAUCCCCCUCCAGGCGGUGCCCGACCACCCUACGGCACCCCCGGCCCCGUAUCGACCCCGAAACGCGGCCCGGCGUUCGACCCUUUCAAGCCCGUCCGCCCAUCAGCAUACAACAACAACCGCUUCUCCAAACCGGUCGACAACGACGUGUUUGAAAUCCGGCGGCCCGAAAAUGUCACCUUCGGCACCCCGCGCGCCCCCAAGACCUUCUUCGCUUCGAACCCCUCCGCGAUGAAACCGAGCAACGCGAACAAGACGCUGCAGAAGUUCGUCGAUCUGACAGGCGAGGGCGGGUUCACGCCGAGUGCGCCGUCCCGCCAUGCGGGCUUUGGGUCGAUGGAUGCGAAUAGUUAUGUGGAUACAGCCAAGGCGAACGAGAACAUCAAGGCGCUGUUGGAGGGGGCGUUUGAGGACGAAGAUGAAAAGCAACAACCUAAGGGCAAGAAGAAGCGGAAGAACCGCGGUAAGCAGAAGAAGAAUAAGCUGAAGGAGAAGGAGGAGAAGGAUGAGAAUAAGGACGAGAAGUUGCCUGUGACUAGUGAUAAGGAGGUGGAGGAUGAGCUGGAUGAUCUGGCUGCUCAGUUCCGCGGUGUUACUGUUGGGGAUCCUAAUGCUGCCGGGGAGGAGAAGGAGGGGACGAAGAAGAGUGCUUCGAAGGAGGAUGUGACGGACGAUGUCGAGGGUGAUUCCGGCCUCCAGGAUGAUAAGGCUGGUGAGGAGCAAAGCGAGGAGGAGGAUGAAGAGGAAGAGGAAGAAGACGAUGGCACGGUGGAAGGCCUCAAGGUGAAAUUGCUCCAGCACCAGCGUGAAGGCGUCAAGUGGAUGUGCGAUAAGGAGACAGGUCGCAACCGCGGCAAGGGUGUGCUUCCCAAGGGCGGAAUUCUCGCAGACGACAUGGGUCUCGGAAAGACCGUGCAGGCCAUCGCGCUGAUGCUCACCAACCGCAAGCCUGAGAGCGGCAUCCGAUAUACCGGCCCUAAAGAGGACGACGACGAGGAUGCCAGCGAUGACGAAGACGCGGCUAACCGCAAGCUGCCCCCCGGCGUCACCAAAUCGACCUUGGUCCUUGCUCCUCUGGCGUUGAUCAAGCAGUGGGAGGCGGAAAUCGCGGACAAGGUCGAGUCUAGCCAUAAGCUGCGCGUGCUGGUCUACCAUGGAAACACUCGAGCCAAGGCGACAGACUGUCUGGAGGACUACGACGUGGUGAUCACCACCUACGGCACGCUGACAUCCGAACACGGGGCCGCCGACAAAGGAAACAAGAAAUCGAGCCUGUUCUCCACCUACUGGUACCGCAUCAUUCUCGACGAAGCCCACACCAUCAAGAACCGCAACGCGAAGGCGACCCAGGCGGCCUACGCACUGGACGCAGAGUACCGGUGGUGUCUGUCCGGCACACCAAUGCAGAACAACCUCGACGAGCUCCAGAGUCUGAUCCGGUUCCUGCGCAUCAAACCAUUCAACGACCUCGCAGCCUGGAAAGAGCAAAUCACGAAACCCCUAGCCAACGGUCGCGGAGGUCUCGCCAUCCAGCGUCUCCAGGUGUACCUGAAAGCGUUUAUGAAGCGCCGUACCAAGGACGUCCUGAAGCUCGACGACAGCCUCAAGGCAGGCCAGACCGACUCCAACGGACAGCCGAAGAAAUCCUCCGGAUUCCAAAUCACCAAGCGAGAGGUCAUCAAGGUGAAGGCGGAGUUCAUGCCGGGCGAGAUGAACUUCUACCAGCGUCUCGAGCAGCGUACCGAGAACAGCCUCGAGAAGCUGAUGGGCGGCGCCAAGGUGGACUACGCUGGGGCGUUGGUGCUCCUGCUGCGUCUUCGCCAGGCGUGCAACCAUCCGGAUCUGGUGAAGAGCGAUCUGGCGAAGGAUAAAGACGUCCUGUUGCAGAACGGAGCCCUGGGCAAUCAGCCUGCGGCUGCGAAACCAGAUGACCUUGACAGUAUGGCGGAUCUGUUCGGUGGGCUCAGUGUUGUGACGAAGAAGUGCGAUAUCUGUCAGACGGAACUGAGCAAGGAAGAAGCUUCCGCUGGAGGUAGUCGGUGUCGAGAAUGCGAGACGGAUCUGGACGUUGAUUUCACCAGUGCGCAGAAACCUAAGAAGAAGAAAUCCCCGAAGGAGGUCGUGGAUUUGACGGAUUCGCCGUCUGCCAAUCGUUCGAGUGCGAAGAUGGCUCGGGCUCAGAGGAACAGGAAGGUUGUCUUCGAUAGUGAUGACGAAGAGGAAGAUGAUGGCGAGUGGAUUGUCCCGGAAGAUAAGCGCACUGCAACCAAUCUCGGCAAGGCCGGGGGAUCAGACGAUGAGGACGCAGAAGGAGGUGGGGAAUGGCUCGUUUCAGACGACUCCGACAGCGACGACGACGACUCAGGGCCCGAAUCACCCACGCAGCAGCGCAGGGCAACCAAGAUCCGCGAUAAUCGGUCCGACACCGAAGACGACAUCUACAUUGAUAGUGGAGCGGGCAAGGAGCAGAUCCUCCCAUCGACCAAAAUCCGGCAUCUGAUGAAGGUCCUCAAGAGCGAGGCGUCCGACCAUAAGUUCAUCGUGUUCUCCGUUUUCACGUCCAUGCUGGACAAGAUUGAGCCGUUCCUCACGCGCGCCGGGAUCGGAUUCGCUCGAUACGACGGCAGCAUGCGCAACGAUCACCGCGAGGCGAGCCUGAACCGGCUGCGAAACAACAGCGGGACGCGCGUUCUCCUCUGUAGUCUGCGAGCCGGCGCGCUGGGUCUGAACCUGACGGCCGCGAGCCGGGUGGUCAUUCUAGAGCCAUUCUGGAAUCCUUUCGUCGAAGAACAAGCCAUCGACCGCGUCCACCGCCUCAACCAAACCGUCGACGUCAAAAUCUACAAAAUGAUCGUCAAAGACACAGUGGAAGAGCGCAUUCUCGACCUCCAAGAUCGCAAACGCGAGCUCGCCAACGUCACCAUCGAGGGCAAGUCCGCCGCCGGCAAGCUCACCAUGAACGACAUGAUGGCGCUGUUCGGCCGGGACGCCGAGUCGCGGUUCACCGGCGAGCGGGGGAAUAUCGACCUUACCCAGACGACGCGGCUGUUGAAUUCGAGUAACGAUGAGGGGACGGCGCCACAGGAUUCGCAAUACGCGUCUCAGGGCAAGAACCGGAGGCCUGAGAGUCGGGUGUCUCCUACGGAGAGUUCGGUCUAUGGACGACGGUGGUAGGGGUUGGGUUGGUGGUGUUGGCGUAUGAAUGGGGCGUAUGAUACUGGGGGUAGUCGUGAGGUGGCAUUUGCUGUUCGGUCUUGCAUUUGGUGUUUAUUUCGGUUAGAAUUGUC